UAUUUCGUUAAUAUUAAUUGAUGCAGUUUGGAGAUUUAAAAAAAAAAAAAUUAUAGCGCUCCUCUCUUCAGAACGAAGUGUUACACGGCGAGAAGAAACCGGGGCCUCGGUAAUAGCGUCUGGACAUGUUUACGGCUCCGAAACGCAGGCAUGCGGCGAGACUUGAGCAUCAGAGCGCUGUGACAUACGGCUGCAUUGUGCAUCGGGACGCAUGUAUGCAUUCAGUUAUUAAUGCUCCGAUUACAUGCAGUAAACAUGUCACUCUAAAUAUAGCAGUCGCCAUUCUUAGACCGGUGCUAAAUCUUGCAUUUGAAGCUAUUAGCAGCCGUUUUAAUGGGAAGAGUGCUAUGCUGUGCUGUCACAGAAACCAGAUAUAUGUAACCCGAAAGCUCUGAAUCACGACUGCUCCUAAGCAUGGAUUACGAUGGUUUCAUAUGUUCGCUGUACAUACUUUGCUCUGCAAAGAGGAGCCGUUUAGUUAUACAACCAUCUGAACUGGAAUUUAUUUGGAAACUAACUUGGGCGCUGGGGCUAGUGGGCGAUUGUUCGCUGACUGUGUCUGAAACUGGGAUGCUUCCUAAUUACAGUUCAGCCUGUUUGCAGUGAUUAAGUGCAUCAGACGGCGUUGCAGGAUUAGAGACCCGUGCAGCGGGGGAAGACGCUGUCAUGGCGCUGUUUCAGAACCAUACGUGAAAUACUAAAGGUUUAGCCAGAGGAGUGUUUAACAUUCUGCUGCAGUAAAAGCUCAGUAUUUUAAGGAUGGAUUGAACUGUGUAGAUUGUUAUGUAAUCAGGAGAAACUUCCUGGGCUGAUAGAUGACACAUCACAAGUACACGUACACAUUUUUUUUGUAAUGUGCAUCCACCCCUUAAUUUGGAGUGAUUUAUUUUGUUUCAAAGUGGGUCAUGUUAAUAGGUAAUUUACCUACAUGUUGUCUUCUAGUGCAGGACCAGUAGCCAGUACGACGAAGCGAACGAAUAUGAAGUCAUUUAAACUGUGGUACCUUAAAUCCGACAAGUUACCCCGAUAAGCCGGUAAGCCCGCUUCAUAGUACAGGCCACAGAUUUUACUCUAUCCAUGCAUCCUGUUUUUUGUUUCACUCAAUCUUUAUUUACUUGGCCAUAUUCCAGUUUUCACAGCCUCACCAGGAAUGCUUGACAUGCCAGGGCUGUAAUGCCAAACAGGUUUCCAGCCGCGGCCACCCGGGCCUGUUCGGCAGGGCAUGGUGGCUCUAGGUGUGGCUGCUUGGUGUUAAACAGGAACAUUUAUCUGGAAAUCACCUGGCGAGGGGAGGAUCGAGUUUUGGCACAAUUUGAGUAAACAUGCUGCUGAAUUUCCACUGGACAUAAGGAGAUCGUAAUUAUCGCUGAAUUUGUUUGUUUACAUGCUAGUGGCUCACGUGUUUUCUCUGAUGUAGCCCCCGACAUGCAGAGCUCGUUCUCUCCGGCAAGAUUUGCCGCUAAUUCCUCCGUGCGGCGUGUCAUGUGACGUCGCGCUCCGUCCCGCAAGGGAGGAGCUGCUAUGUGACAGCUCCAUUAUCCUCUCAAAGCGCUGACCUACCUGUCUGUCGCCAUUAUCUGCUGCGGACACGUUGGGGGCUUGCCGGGCGAGGAGAACGGUCCCUGCUGGUUAGAUUUGACGAAACUUCGAAGAAGGGGACAGAGGUCAAGUCGGACUGAAGAAUGACCAUGGAUUUUUCACGCCUGCACGCCUACAGCCCUCCGCAGUGUAGCCCAGAGAACACAGGCUACACCUACUCCCUCAGCUCCAGCUACUCCUCCGCAGCGUUAGAGUACGAGAGGCAGCACGACAUCGACCCCGUGUACGACUCGCCGAGGAUGUCGCGCAGGAGCCUCCGCCUGCAAACUGCGGCCGGCCACUACGGCGACGACAGCCUGCUAGACUCCUCCCACAGCCACAGCGCCACCUACAGCGCUGGAGGAAUCAGCCGCAGACAGGCCAGGACACUGAGGAGCAGGCGGAUGCAGCAGCUGGUCUCCACCCCAGUGACACAGCAGGAGUCCGGUUCUGCAAGUCUGCGCAGCUGUGUGGCAAGCGAUGCCUCGCUGCUGGCCAGCCUGCUGGAUGAAUCGUGUGUGCAGGAGAGCACGCGCAUCGGCAGCUUCUGGGGUUUGGAGCCGGAUUCUCAUCUUAAAGAGCACAGCUCGAAGAUGGACCACACCGUCACGCUGGCCAACGGCGGCAUCGCCACUGCGCGCAAGCAGGCCGUCGCCGCCGGCAACGGCUACAUCUGCAGCAACUGCAGCAUCCAUUCCAAACGGAAUGAGGCCCUCACUGCCUACUCCUCCCGCUCCUCCUCCUCCGCCUCCUCUCUCCCUCAGCCGGCCUCCGAGGCCACGUGCUCGCUGGCUUCCACCAUCUACACCCGGGACAGGGGUCAGGCUGAGAAGACAGGUGUCCUGGUGACCGCCUCUCGUGCCUGCGUGCGACGCGCCGGCCUGGCAGUCUCCGCUGUAGCAUCUGUCGUGACGCUUCUAAUGCAGCGCAUUUUGUUGGCGUUGGGAUGCAGGGCCCAGGCUCCCGAUGACGACAAAGGUCCGUCGCCGCAUCCUGUAGCGCGUCUCUCGGACGUGUUGCUGGGCUAUGCCAGAUGGGCGGUCGCCGCUGUAAUGUCCUGCAUCACAUCGCUGAGUGUUCUGCUGAAGAUGGGCUCCGGGGCCAGGGGCCACGAGGGCAGUGUGUGUGACGGAGCGCACUCCAGCUACUGCGGCGCCGUGAACGUGAAGGCCCUGGCGACGGCGGACAGUCACCUGAUCUUUAACGGCUCGCUGUGUGACGACUGCAAAGGGAAGCAGCACAUGAAGACGCUCGUGGCUCACGCUCAUUCCGGCGGGAAAAGCCGCCUGCAGGGGGCGCUGUGGAGCAUCAUUGCUUACACAGGUUCUUCUGUGCUGCAGGUCAUCCGGGCCCUAGGGGGCGCCGGCAUCUUUGUGCUCCGGAAGCUGCUGUCACUCCUCUACUUGGUUAUGGUGUCCCCAGGGAAGGCAGCGGCUGGCGCCUUCUGGUGGCUGGGGACGGGAUGGUAUCAGCUGGUCACCCUCAUGUCUCUCUUGAACGUAUUUAUCCUAACCCGGUGCCUCCCGAAACUCCUACGGCUGCUGUUGCUCCUGCUUCCCCUCCUGCUGCUCCUGGGCCUGUGGUUCUGGUUUUCGUCCAGCCUGCUUCCCUUCGUGCCAGCAGUGAACCUGACAGAAUGGCAGGCGGGGGCACCCAUCAGCCUCCUCCUGCGCCUACCCCAGACCCUCUACACGUCCUGGGGGCAGCUCAGCACAGCGUCGCCCCCGCCCACCGUCACACAGCCUGACUUGGCCGUCUCUGUGAGCCUGGAGCGCCUGAACCGGUUGGAGCAGCGGCUAGAGCAGCUGUGGGGCAGCAUGGAGGCAGACGGCCAGCAGCUGGAGCAGCAGACCGACAGGAGCAGCCUGGGCCUCUGGGUGUCUGGCCUGCUGGACCAGCGGCUGACCCUGCUGAGGGAAGAGCUGGGGAAGGACGCGGUGCAGAGGGAGCAGACUCAGACGGAGUACCUGACGGAGCAGCAGCGUCACAGCGCCCAGCUGACGCAGAUGGGGGCGCUGCUGAAAGCCCUGGCAGCCGAGAUGGAGGAGGUGCAGCAGAAACAGGAGGUGCCCCCGCUGGCUCCGGAGAGUGCAAGUGCAGACCGAGAGGCACGUGAUGCCCUCCUGGCAGAGCUGCGGCGGCUGGAGGCGGAGCUGGACCGUAUCAGGCACGACCUGCAGGGGGUGCUGGGAUGCCGAGGCAGAUGUGAGCAGCUGGACAGCCUGCAGGAUACGGUGUCUGCGCAGGUGUCUGCGCAGGUGCGGCGGGAGCUGCGGGCGCUGUUUUACGGAGGCCAGCAGGCAGACCAAGGCGAGCUGCCCGAGCCCCUGCUACCGUGGCUGUCGGCACGCUUCGUGAGCGGCUCCGACCUGCAGGGGGCGCUGACGGCCCUGGAGCUCAGCAUCCUGAAGAACGUCACACUGCAGGCGCAGCAGAGCGGCCAGCCCCCCUGUGAGCGGAGCGUGACGGAGACAGUGGUGCACGCCGCUGGUGCAGCUGGGAUGUCGGAGGAGCAAGUUAAGCUGGUCGUGCAGAAUGCCCUGAAUCUUUACUCGCAGGACCGGACGGGCCUGGUGGACUACGCCCUCGAGUCCGGAGGCGGCAGCGUCCUCAGCACCCGCUGCUCGGAGACGUAUGAGACCAAGACGGCCCUAAUGAGCCUCUUCGGCGUGCCACUCUGGUACUUCUCCCAGUCUCCCCGGGUCGUCAUUCAGCCGGACGUCCACCCCGGGAACUGCUGGGCCUUCAAAGGCUCCCAAGGAUACCUGGUGCUCCGGCUCUCGCUCAGCAUCCUGCCCACCGCCUUCUCGCUGGAGCACAUUCCCAAGGCCCUGUCGCCCACUGGCAAUAUCACCAGCGCCCCCCGCCAGUUCGCUGUCUAUGGUCUGGAUGACGAGUAUCAGGAAGAGGGUAAACUGCUGGGCCGUUACAUCUACCAGGAAGAUGGCCACUCGCUGCAGACCUUCCCCGUUACGGAGGAGAAUGACAAGGCUUUCCAGAUCAUAGAGAUGCGGGUGCUGUCCAACUGGGGUCAUGCGGAGUACACCUGCCUGUACCGAUUCCGGGUACAUGGGGAGCCCAGAGCCCAAUGAGGCCGUCUUUGCAGUGUCGCUACCUGCAAUGUUAUGAAUGGCGAAGGACAUUUUAUAGCAGAGGUUUGUUACAGAAGGCAGACAGUGAAAGAAGCUACUUUAUUAUCAACGCAGAAAGCCACGUGAUUUAAUGGAACUUAGUGGGAGGGGAGGGACUUGCAUGGAACUCCUUCCACUCCUGCUGAUUGCAGCUUAUGUCCUGCACUGAUUGGCCCUUUCUGGAUGGACCCUGAUUGGCUCCGCAGCAGAGGCAGCACUAAGUGGUCUACAAGGGUCCCUUACCUGGAAACGGACAAGGCUUGAUUUCUUCUCUUCGCUGUUUAUUUUAUUCUCUUUGGUUUGUUUCCAUUUUUAUUUUUGAAUUCAGCUAUUGAUGGUGGAGCCUACUCUGUAAUCUAAGACUUGUGGAUGACAGACAUUACAGCAAUGGCUCGCAUCCUCGGACUGUCAUUUCAGGUGCAGCGACCAGCAACCCCUCCCAGUGACCCACCUGCCCAGUCCCAUGUCCCACAUUUCUAAACAUCACAUUUUGUAGAUGGUUUAACACACUAGCCUGGGGAGGGGAGGGGAGGGGGCCCACAUUUCUGGUCCUUCAGAACACCCUUCAAAUGAGUCCCCGAUUUAUACCUGAAAAUGUGAGGUGGCUUGCUGGAUCACUGUAACGAUAGAUAAAAUUACGCUUCAUGAGCCAUUUGCUGUAUUUUUUUAAUCCCCACUAGAGGGUGCACUUGGUUUGCUUUGGGACAUGCUGUGUGAGAGCACCAUCUAGUGGGGUCAAAAAAUACAGCAAACGGCUCAAGAAGCAUUAUUUUGUCCAUCAAUAGGUAACUGCCUCAGCCAGGUCAAGUGCAAAGCAGUGCACCCUGGGGGCCUCAGGUUAGCAUGCAGUCGCACUGACACAAAGGACGUGACCAAGAGGCAAACUUCUGAAGUCUUUUGGUAAUGUGUACACCCUCACACUGGUGUUGACACUAAAUUGAGUUACAGUUCAUCGCAGUUGGGUGGCAUGAAAUCAGACUCGGCUGUUUAGCCCAAUGCACUUAGGAUGAUGAACGCCUAGCUGUUCCACAGUCAGCACUGGAUUUCGAAGCUUCUGCUGCUUGGCUGACGGGCUUCGCGAGCUUGCAGUAUGGCGGCUGCCGCUAGCAAGGACCGCGUCCUCAUUUAGAGGCUGCUCUAACCAGAAACUGCACAGGAAUAUAACCUGAAUAUUGUUAAUAGCUGGUACAUCAAUCUGUUAAUAUCAGUGUUGCUUUGGGAGAAUGUGGGCAGGAGCACACCCUAUAAAAAGUAAUUGUUGCUGUUAUUUUGUUUGUUGUGAUUUUAAUUCAGUUUUAUUUACAAAAGUAUAUCCUUUUAUUACCUGAUAGGGGAAACAAGGGCACACGAGAUCCCAGAAUUUGUCUAGAAGAAAAGAAGGAACUUGUGUCCAGUAAGAAUCCAUCUGUAAAAACAUUAUUGGGAAUUGUUCAUGCGCUAUUUAUUUUGUCUAAAAUAACGACUUAUUGAAAAGAGAGGAUGUGGUGCAAUUUAUUUUUAUAAAAUGCUUUUGAGUAAUUUUUGAACGUUUUUGGGAGUUUUUUUUUUUUAUUUGUCAUUUUUGCUCUUGUAAAAUUUGCGAAAUGCUAUGGUACUGUUCAAAUAAAUACUUUUUAACGGCUUUUAA